UUUUGCAAUCAAAAACGAGGCAGCUGGCCUCCAUGGAGAAAGAAUGUCUGCAAUGAUGUUUCCGCGAAUGUCUUUUAGAAAAUGUUUCAGAUGUAGCCAAAUUUGUUUUAAAAGAUGGAAAUCAUUUGGCCGAAUAGAUAUAUCAGACCGUUUAUUUGAAGGAAUUCACAGAAAAGGCAUAGAGAGACCCACAGAAAUUCAAGAGAAGGCUAUGGGAGCUAUCUUUAGUGGAAAAAAUGUUAUCAUAAAUUCUGAGACAGGAAGUGGAAAAACAUUAUGCUAUCUUCUCCCCAUAAUUAUGAACAUGCAGCGAAGAAGACAGUUCUUUCAGAAAAAACUAAUUACUCCAACACAUACCUUGAUAUUUGCCCCAACGACAGAAUUACUACACCAGAUCGGUGCAGUUUGCAAAGAGCUUGGCGUCGAAGAGGUCAGUGUUGCACAUGACAGAAGUCCACUUUGUGUCAAGAAAACCACAGAGUUUAUAAUAACAACCCCAAAAUUCAUUAUGAACUACGAUUGGCAGGCUAUCAGCAAUAUAGAUUGCAUUGUUUUUGAUGAGACUGAUUUGAUGUUUGUUGCUCAGUUCAAAGAAGUACGGAAAGUUUUUGAGUUCUUCAGUGGACGGAAAAUCGACUUCAGUCGAAAGGAGAGACUUCGUCGCAAAAAUCGCGAGUCGAAACAAAAAUAUGUUUUUAAACAAGCAGAAAAAGUUCCACAGUUUGUUUUUGCAGGUGCAACUAUACCUAGAGGUGGGAGAAAAACGACUUUAUCUUUGAUAGAAAGAUUUGUCCCUAAUGUCCAACUUAUUCAAUCUGACAUGGUCCAUAAAGUUCUUAAAGACACAAAAUUCUCAUUCAUUCAACUCGAAGACAAUUUUUACUACAAAACUCUCAUUUUGGCUGCUUUGCUAGAACGAGAACUCAAAGCAUCAAAUUUGAAUCUCGGCUCCAGUGGUUCUUUAGACGAUAGCGAAGAGCAAGGAAAGAACUUUUACAGAAGUAUCAUAUUCUUAAAUAAGGUAUCGACUGCAGAGAAGCUUUAUCGAACCUUAAAGGAAAACAAGAAGGAUAAUUUAGCAGGGAGCAGAUAUUUUACGAAAGAUUCCGCAUCUUCUGAACAGAACAACGGCUCAGAAACCAGACUCCAGAAUUACAAAGAUGAUGAAAAAUCCAAUAUUGAAGACUUUGAUUUUGCGCAGUUUGUUACAAAAUGGCACAAGUAUAUUUGCUUCUUGCAUAGUGGUCUUCCUAGUAGUGAGAGACUGGCUGUUAUUGACGGAUUUUCGAAAGGAAAAUAUAAUGUUCUAUUGACGACUGGGCUUGCUGGACGUGGUUUGGAUAUUCCAAACGUUAAUUUGGUAGUUCAGUUUGACUUCCCUUUGAAUGUUGCGGACAUCCUUCACAGAGCUGGUCGGACAGGGCGGGCUGGAUCUGAAGGAAAAGUCAUCAGUCUCAUCACUGAACAGAACAAAGACCUGUACCGACUGUUCCGUGCUACUAUCAACAAGGAUGAAGAUGUCUCGCAUUUAUUCAGUAGAAAGAGAAGGCUUCGAAGGCGGAUCAAAGAAGGAAAGCUACUUCAAGAAGAUGAUUUUAUUUUAAAAUCGACACACUAAAACUGGUGUAAGAGCUCGAGCUUCUAGGCAGAGUCAAUUUAAAUGUUAUCGCUUCUUCUGGCUACUACAGCAACCCUUGUAAAAAAGGUGAAUACAGAGUUGCUUAAGUGUUAUACUUACUACCUUUUGUUUACAAAAUGUUCCAUCAUCUUUUCUGGACUCUGCUUUCAGUCUCAUUUUUAGCUGAUGGGUCAUCCCUGUCAUUGAUUAUGAUGUGAAGUCUGACCUAUUCAGAUUAAUGUGAAACUGAUCAUUUUGUUAAAUGCCUUUUUCACCUUCCAAAUUUAUUAUACACGAUUUUUAUUGAAAGCAUCCCUUCUUGCAUAGAAAAGGUCGUCUGAAAUUCUCAAAGAUUUAGUUUUUUUUCAAAAAAGUUCUAAUGUGACCCAGCCAGCUCUACUGAAACUAUUUUCUUAAGAUAGACAAGAUAGGCUUGCCAUAACCACGUUUUCAUAUCAUAUAUAUAGUUAAUGAAAAUAAGCUAUCAGAUAUCUUUGGUAUAUCUUAGGUUACCCUCCCUGUAUUUAGUAUAUCUUAACCUCCCUGUGUAGGAAGGACAAACCCCUGUAGAUAAAGAAGUCACGCUUUACCCCCUUUCAACACCAUUCUUUAUUUAUGUUUUCUUUUUUUUAGAAUAGUUCUCAAAGGGCCCCUUUGUUUGAUUUAUAGCACAAUACCUCUAAUUGUAACUCAAUAUUUUAGCUAUCUUUUUUGUACACUUUCGCUCAGACAAUAGAUUUAAUGUUCAGAAUUCAAGAUAAUUCGCAAAAUUCUGCGAUAAGGGUCAAAAGUAUAUUUGGAAACAUUUAGCUUUAUUCUAUAUACGAUUGUAGCCCUGGAAACAAGCCCUUCAAUGAUAAGAUGGAAGGAAACCGCUAAGUUAUAUAAGAAACGACGCUUUCUCGGUUAAAGCAACUGUUUUAUAAAUUUUAACCAGUUUCGAAAUUUUUAUUUGGAUUACUUGCUAAUUCGUUUCAAUAUUGGACAAAAUUGUCGAGACAAACUUUAGUUUUGAAAACGCAAGAUAAUUAUUUGUACCAAAAAUAGCCUUACCCCC